GAAUACUUUCAUUUUGUGUGUCCAAUGACUAGAAUUGAGACUAUGUCAACUGUUGGUUAUGGAAGAAGAAGCAAAUAAUUGGAACAAAAGUUACAAGAAACAUUUUUAUUUCUUGUCAAGUGUUUUUAUAUUGUUGUCGUUUUUGUUGGGUUGGCCUAUUGUAGUGAUAGUGUUGAGUAGUUUGAAAAUUCAACAAGGCUUGUAUUGUGAUGAACACUUGGCAAGAUUUGUUAUAGUUUCUGCUGGACUUUGGUUAUUAUUGGGGUUAUACUCUUUGGUUAUUUUUGUGUUGAUUUGGAUAUGGGGAGACGUUCCACACUCUGGUAUAUUUAGUAGUGUAGGAUUUCUGCUUCUGCUAUUCAACUUUGGUUAUUGGAUAUAUCUUCAAGUACGGUUUUUUGAAAGUGCUGGUCCUGGUGCAUUUUGUCCCAACAGUUGUAGUUGUCAAGGUUAUCCACAACAUACUCGAUGUUGUGAUUCAGUUUCAUAUGGAUUGACUUUGGCUAUGAUUGUUAUUAUGUACGUUUGUGCACUCAUGUUGUAAGUGAUUGUAUCUUGUAUUGGAAAAUGUUGUUGUCCAUGUCUCUAUUAGGUUUUGUUAUCCUUGUUGGGUUUCAUUGGUUUGGUCUCGAAGAACGAGGAGAGGUUUGGGUAGAUUGAGUCAUUGGAUAGGAAGUGCUUCUGAUUCUGUCACAUAUGUGGGUUCAGUU